CCCGCCAUUGUGCCUGUGAGCGCGGCGCGCGCGCGGUGCCGCGUGACGGCCGGGAGCGUGUGGGCGCGAGGCGGCGGGCCUGGACCAUAGACGCGGGCCGGAAGGAAAGACGAGGGGAGCGGGCUAGAGCGUCACCCAGACCAAGCAGCCGCCGCGGGCGAGUCGGAGUCCGCCAAGCAGCCGCACCGCGCCGCGCCCGCUCCCGGACAAAGCCGUCACCGCCGCCCCGCCCCGCCACACCCCGGGAGCAGCCGCUCCGCCAAGGAGCCAUGUCGGCCAGCAGCCUCCUGGAGCAGAGACCCAAAGGCCAAGGCAACAAAGUGCAAAACGGGGCCGUGCAUCAGAAGGAUGGGUUGAACGACGACGACUUCGAGCCCUACUUGAGCCCUCAGGCCCGGCCGAACAAUGCAUACACUGCAAUGUCCGAUUCCUACUUACCAAACUACUACAGUCCCUCCAUUGGAUUCUCCUACUCGCUGGGUGAGGCUGCCUGGUCCACAGGGGGUGAUCCCCCCAUGCCCUACCUAACCUCUUACGGACAGCUGAGCAACGGGGAGCCUCACUUCCUCCCAGAUGCCAUGUUUGGGCAGCCAGGGGCCCUUGGCAGCACUCCAUUCCUCGGGCAGCACGGCUUUAACUUCUUUCCAAGCGGGAUUGACUUUUCAGCUUGGGGAAAUAACAGUUCUCAGGGACAAUCCACUCAAAGCUCUGGCUACAGCAGCAACUACGCCUAUGCCCCCAGUUCUCUGGGGGGGGCCAUGAUCGAUGGACAGUCCGCUUUUGCCAGUGAGACUCUCAACAAGGCUCCGGGGAUGAACACCAUAGACCAAGGGAUGGCAGCCCUGAAGCUGGGCAGUACGGACGUGGCCAGCAACGUCCCCAAGGUUGUCGGGUCGGCUGUCGGGAGCGGAUCCAUUACCAGCAACAUGGUGGCUUCUAACAGCUUGCCUCCAGCCACCAUCGCUCCCCCAAAGCCGACGUCCUGGGCUGACAUUGCUAGCAAGCCAGCGAAGCAGCAGCCCAAACUGAAGACCAAGAACGGCAUCGCAGGUUCGAGUCUUCCCCCGCCUCCAAUCAAACACAACAUGGAUAUAGGAACUUGGGAUAACAAAGGGCCGGUGGCGAAAGCCCCCUCGCAGACCUUAGUGCAGAACAUGGCCCAGCAGCCCCCCCAGGCCUCCCCGCAGCCCGUGGCUCAGCAGAUGACCAGCAGCCCGCCCGUGGCCCAGGCUCCCAGUGGGCAGCAGUCCCAACCUCUGCCCCCACCACCACCACAGCCCACCCCGCUGCCCGUCCCGCAGCCAGCAGCUCAGCCCACACGUUGGGUUGCGCCCCGCAACCGUGGCAGCGGCUUCGGCCAGAACGGCACGGAGGGCAAUGGGGUGGGAGCAGCACAGCCCAGCGCUGGGACGGCUCCUUCGGAACCACACCCGGUGCUGGAGAAGUUGAGGUCCAUCAACAACUACAACCCCAAGGAUUUUGACUGGAACCCAAAGCACGGCCGGGUUUUCAUCAUUAAGAGUUACUCUGAGGACGAUAUCCACCGUUCCAUUAAAUACAACAUCUGGUGCAGUACAGAGCACGGUAACAAGAGACUGGAUGCUGCCUAUCGCUCCAUGAAUGGGAAAGGCCCCGUUUACUUACUGUUCAGUGUCAACGGUAGCGGUCACUUCUGUGGAGUAGCAGAAAUGAAAUCUGCUGUGGACUAUAACACGUGUGCGGGUGUGUGGUCCCAGGACAAGUGGAAGGGACGUUUUGAUGUCAGGUGGAUUUUUGUCAAGGACGUUCCCAACAGCCAACUGCGGCACAUCCGCCUAGAGAACAACGAGAAUAAACCAGUGACCAACUCCAGGGACACUCAGGAGGUGCCUCUGGAAAAGGCUAAGCAGGUGUUGAAAAUCAUUGCCACCUACAAGCACACCACCUCCAUCUUUGAUGACUUCUCACACUAUGAGAAACGCCAGGAAGAGGAGGAAACUGUUAAAAAGGAACGCCAGGGCCGUGUCAAAUAGAAGGGCUGGUCCUCCCCCAGAGACUGCAGCAUCGCGCCCAUCCUUCGGAGCAAGGAAAGCAAGAGCGAAAAACAUAUAUAUAUGUACACAUAUAUGUGUGUGUAUGUAUAUAUGUACAUCCCAGAGAGAAUUAGGACUUGGUUGGGGUUUUGUUUUGGGUUUAUUUUUCUUAAUUUCAAUGACUUCAAAAGGAACCAAGAAGAAAAAGGACUUGGACGAACUCAAGUUGGGGCUGGGGGGGGGGAAGAGCAAAGCAUUGGAAUUUCACAAGACAUAGGAUUUAAAGAGGGGGGAAAAAGGAGAAAAUACAGGGAAAAAAAAGGCCCUUCUAGGUGAUAGAGCAUAGCUACGAACCGUUCCCUUUCCUUAUGGCUUUGGUUGUGAUUUCAGAGCACACGCUUUGGGUUUUGUCUUUUUUACUACGUGGGGUUUUUCUUUUGGAUUUUAAGGCCCGUAAGUGGCAUUUCUGCCUUCGUUCCCCCCCCCUUCUCAUUUUAUAACCCCACCCCCUCACUCUAUGCCUCCCCCCCCCCCCUUUGCUUUGGAUAUUUGCACUUGGAACAACCCAAUUGAGUGCAAAGCGGAGGGGUUUUGUUAUCCCCCCACCCCAGCAUGGGAUAGGAGCACAUGGGGGGGUUGGGGGCCUAACAGUGAGCAGAGAGGUUCUGUUCUGGCUGCUGGUUCCCCUUUGGUUAUUCAGAAGCACUCGGAGCCCACAGGGAUGCUCUGAUCCAGGGCUGCAUCGCGAGGCUCACGGAUGAGAUUUGUGUUAAUCGGAUUGGAAAAGGUGAGAAUGAAAGUAAAGCAAACCUUCCCGUUUUUGUUUACAGGAAAAAGAGGAAAAAAAAAAAAAAAAAAAAGGUUUGGUUUUGUUUUUUAAUUAUUAUUAUUUUGGACAAAAAUCUGUUGUAAGAUGUGUAGUGAACGUUGUUCCUUCAGUUCUUGGGAAGCCAACGAGGAAUGGGCGUUGCCUUUCUUUGCACCAUUAAUCACUUCUCAGUAAUAAACGUGAGAUCCUGUUGAGCAUCA